AAAUUUUAAAAAAAGUUAAGGGCAUUAAGUUGCAAAAAAUAUAACUUACCUCUCAUGAUAGCAGUGAGUUUUAGAUCUUUGACCCGAAAAUUACCCUCCGCUCCCGUCCAGGAGACAAAUUGGCCCACAUAGUUGGAGUAUAUUUUCUCAAGGGCUCGAUAUAUGGCAUCCUUAGGGUUCUCUCCCCCAACUGUGUAUAUAAAAUAUCCCUAAAGAUUGAAACAUAUGCAUAUAAUGACAAAAAUUUUAAUAGCAAAGCAUAAAAUUAAUUAAUUACAUUGGGUCUCAUGAAUAAAAAUGUAGCAUUUGCUCGAAGUAUACAACAAAAGCAAAAGCAAAUGCUUUGAAGCAAAAGGUGGAAGAAAAAGCAUUUGCUUGGUUUCUAAUGAAUAAUCAUUUGCUUUUGCUCCGUAGUAAAUGAUCCGGCAUCUAGACCAUUUGCUACACGUUUUUACAAGUUCAGACAGGAAAAAUAAUGAUAUUUGGUUAUUUGGUUAAAUAGAAAGCAGCAAUUUAGUGCGGAAGAAGCAACACUAUGAGCGACGACGAGGAAAUCAUGUUCGGUGAAGAGAACGAUCAGGUAAAAUUUGUUGAGUUACUGCAAAAUUAUAGAGAGUAGUACUAGAAAAGUCACCCACUAUAAAAAAAGCGAAAGAGAAUGCGUUAAUAAAGUUACAAAUGGAAUGGCAGGCGGUGAGCGGAAAAAUGAUAAGUGUAAAGCAAUUAUCUAAAAAAAUCAAUAACAUGAAAACAAAAAUCAAACAAAAAUUAGAUUUAAGUAAAACUGGCAACAAACCAAUAAAGUUGAAGUCGUGGGAACAAGCAUUUUGGAAGUUAAUGGAUGGUGAUAGAAAACCGACCUUACGCAAAAUACCAAGUGCUGUGCAAGUUGGCGUUAUGCCACCAAUAGAGACUGCUGUUCCCGUAGACAUCUGGUCGGAGUCAUCCGUUUUGGUUCCAAAACCUGUAAAAAGCAUGGUGUCAAAGAAAAUUAAAAAACAUCAUCUUCCAGAGACCACAGAAACGCAAAAUUUAUUGAUGGCUGAAUUACAGAGAUUAGUUUUGUUAGAACAAUUGGAAGUCUUGAGGCUAAAAAAAAAGAAAAUUGAUGAGAGUUACAACAGGAAGAGUCAAUAGUUAAAGAAAAUGAUAGAGUGACAGAAACAAUUGUAAAACUAACCCAACGUACUACUUGAAAAGAGCGAUAUUUACGUUGAGGUUUUGCAAGUAGUUUUUUUUUGUUA